AGGGACUUCAACCUUGAUGACCUGGGAGUCAGGAUGGCUCUAAACAGACACCUCUCUCUUCAGAGACUCUGCUUCCUCCUGGUCAUCAUGGUGGGGGGUCAAGCUCUGGAGCUGAGGUUGAAGGAUGGACGCCACCGCUGUGAGGGGAGAGUGGAAGUGAAGCACCAAGGAAUAUGGGCUUCAGUAUAUACUCAGUACUGGUUCAUGGAGGCUGCAGAAGUGGUGUGCAAAGAGCUGGGAUGUGGAUCUGCUAUUGAUGCUCCCAGAGGGUCUUAUUUUGGACCAAGGCUUGGUCCUAUUUGGGUUUUCACUCUUUACUGCAACAAUACCGAGCCAGGUUCACCUCUCAGUAUUGAUGGUUGUGUUCAUCUCGACUUUAAAAACUAUAAUCAUACCUUUUCUCACGACCAGGAUGUUGGAGCAGUCUGCUCAGGAUUCGUGCGUCUAGCUCAAGGGAAUGGACCCUGUUCAGGGCGAGUAGAAGUGCAUUCUGAAGAAGACUGGACGCCAGUGUCUGAUGGGAACUUUACAUUCCCCACUGCCCAGGUCAUCUGUGCAGAGCUGGGAUGUGGCAAGGCUGUGUCUGUCCUGGGUCAGAGGCCCCUCAGAGGGUCAGAUGACCAGGUCUGGCCUGAAGAGUUCAGGUGUAAGGGGGAGGAGUCCGUGCUCUGGUCCUGCCCCAGAGUGCCCUGUCCAGGAGGCACUUGUCACCACAGUGGAGCUGUUCAAGUUGUCUGUUCAGUGUACUCAGAAGUCCGGCUCAUGAGAAAUGGCACCUCUCAGUGUGCGGGGCGAGUGGAGAUGAAUAUUUCUGGAGGAUGGAGAACACUCUGUGCCUCCCACUGGACCACGGCCAAUGCCAAUGUUGUCUGUCGUCAGCUCGGCUGUGGAGUCGCCCUCUCCACCCCGAAGGGAGCAGAGGGAGGUGAUCAGAUGUGGAAAGCCCGAUUUCACUGCUCUGGGGCUGAGUCCUUCUUGUGGAAUUGCCCUGUGACUGCCCUGGGUGUUCCUGACUGUGCCCAUGGAAACACAGCCUCUGUGAUCUGCUCAGGAAACCAGACCCAGGGGCUGCCUCAGUGCAAUGACUCCCUGUCUGAACCAGCAGGCUCUGCAGCCUCAGAGGAGAGCGCCGCCAACUGCUCAGACAGCAGACAGCUGCGCCUGGUGGAUGGCGAGAGUUACUGCUCAGGGAGAGUGGAGAUCCUUCACCAGGGCUCCUGGGGCACCGUCUGUGAUGACAGCUGGGACCUGGACGAUGCGCACGUGGUGUGCAGGCAGCUGGGCUGUGGAGAUGCCAUCAGUGCCCCAGGGUCUGCUCACUUCGGGGCGGGCUCAGGCCACAUCUGGCUGGAUGACGUGAACUGCACAGGAAAGGAGUCCCACGUGUGGCAGUGCCCUUUCGGGGGCUGGGGGCGGCACGACUGCAGACACAAGGAGGACGCAGGGGUCAUCUGCUCAGAGUCCCUGGCCCUCAGGGUGGUGAGCGAGGACCAGGAGUGUGCGGGGUGGCUGGAAGUUUUCUACAACGGGACCUGGGGCGGUGUCUGCCGCAGCCCCAUGGAAGACAUCACCUUGUCCAUGAUCUGCAGGCAGCUUGGCUGUGGGGACCGUGGAACCCUCAACUCUUCGGUGGCUUUUAGGGAAGGUUCUAGACCCUGGUGGGUGGAUAGAAUCCAGUGUCGGAAAACCGAUCGCUCUCUCUGGGAGUGUCAUUCUGACCCUUGGAAGUACAUUUCAUGUUCUCCAAAGGAGGAAGCCUAUGUCUCUUGUGCAGAAAGGAGACCCAAGAGCUGUCCAGCUGCUGCGCCCUGCACAGACAAAGAGAAGCUGCGACUCAGGGGAGGAGACACCUCAGAGAACAACUGCUCAGGGCGAGUGGAGGUGUGGCACAGCGGCUCCUGGGGCACAGUGUGUGAUGAUUCCUGGAGCCUGGCAGAGGCCGAGGUGGUGUGUCAGCAGCUGGGCUGUGGCCAUGCCCUGGAAGCCCUGCGGGAUGCGGCAUUUGGUCCUGGAAGUGGGAGCAUCUGGCUGGACGAGGUGCAGUGCAGGGGCAGGGAGUCCUCCCUGUGGGACUGUGCUGCGGGGCCCUGGGGGCAGAGCGACUGCAAGCACGAGGAGGACGCUGGAGUGAGGUGCUCUGGGACCAGACCAGACUUAAAUCCUGGCAUCUUCUUCCUGCCUGAGAUCCUCUGCUUCAUCCUGGGGGCCCUUCUCUUCCUGGUCCUCAUCAUCCUGGUGGCUCAGCUGCUCAGAUGGAGGGCAAAGCACAGAGGUGCUGUCGAUGAGGCCGUGUAUGAGGAGAUUGAUAACCUUGGAAUACCGAAGGAAGAUCUGCUGGGAAGCACAGGGUUCCUGCCAGAUGACUCAGUGACGAAACUGCCGUAUUACACUGGGGAAGGUGAAGAGAACAGAGACUCCAAAUCUGCUCCAGAUGGUAGAGGAGAACCCUCAGCCCAGGGGGUUGAUGCCCCCAGUGAGGGUUAUGAUGAUGCUGAAGAGGUACCCGUGCCUGGGGCUCCUGCUGCCUCUCCGAUGGGCACCAGGGAAGUGCCUCCAGAAGAGGAGAGUGGGAUGCGGGCCUCUCAGACAGGCUCUUCUCUGAACUUCCCUAGAGAGGCGGCUGAUCCUGGGAAAGGAGAAGAUAACCCCUUGCUUCUCCAGAGGGAAAAGGGGGACCCCGAGUAUGAUGACGUUGAACUAAGUCCCCCUGGCGCCUCCACGGUGGCUUUCCCAUGAUGUUGUAAUGAUAUGAGACGAAGACUCAGAUACUCUAAUGGCUUGUAUUUCAACAGUGUUUUGCUGACGUAUAAUUGUAUUAGAAUGAAACUGCUCAAAGUAAAAUGUUCUGAGUAAAGUA